AUGGCGUCCAGACCUGGCAUCUCUGCAUCUAGCUUCCAAAAUGCCCUUGAUAGGUUCAAAUCAAAAUCAGGUCUUACAUCGCAGGAGCUGGCCGACAUGGGAACGACAACCUUGCCUCAGCUGCAAAGAGCCUUAGAUAUGAUGCAACAAAAGCAGAAAGCCACACGAUCGAUGAAGCACCUGAAACGACUUCAACCCUUUUUAGCUGCAAUGAAGCAGUACAGCCAGGUAGUGGAUGUUUUUGCAAACACCUCUGACUGUGUUGCGUUUAUCUGGGGUCCGAUCAAAUUUCUACUUACCGUCGCCUUCAAUUUCUCCGAUGCAUUUAAUGCGUUACUUGAGGGCUAUCUAACGAUAGGCGAUAACAUGCCCCUGCUGGAACAGUAUCAGCAGCUCUUCGAGAACAACAAGUACAUGCAAACGGCAUUAACAUCAAUAUUCGAAGAUAUACUGGAUUUUCAUCUCGAGGCGGUCAAGCUCUUCAAACAAAAAGCCUUGAGGCAACUGUACCAUGCUACUUGGCGGACUCUGGGUAAGAAUAUUGAGGAGAUCACCACGUCGUUGCAGCGCCAUAAAAGUAUCAUUGAAACACAGGCGACACUUGUCGAAUACGAGCAGUUUCAAGCUUUUCGUGCACAGACAAAGGCAGAGUUUGCAGAAUUGCAGAUAUCAGAGAGAGAUCGCAGAUAUGCUCGUGUACAGGACUGGUUAUCCCCCAUUGAUAGCAGGGCAAGAGACGAAGCCGCCAGUCGUGAGAGAUUCCUUGACACGGGGUUAUGGCUGUUGCAAGAUGACCGCUUUAGACAUUGGUUCUUGGCUGAUCAAUGUAUGGAUCCAUUGCUGUGGUUGUGUGGUAUGCCCGGCGCAGGGAAGACCAUUCUCGCUUCACUAGUGUUUGCGGAAGCAAACAGAGUGCCCGAUGCGGUGGCUCUGUGCUUUUAUUGCAGAUAUACCGAUGAACAGAAGAACGGGUUCCUUGCAGUCGCAAAAUCGCUCAUCUCCCAGGUUCUGCCAAAGAAUGACUCCGUACUCGACUAUCUAUAUGAAGAAGUAUCCAAGAGUGGCGAAGCCAGCCUAACGACAAUUGCCCUGGCUCAAACUCUCUUGGAGGUUGUGCUAAAAUCUUGUAAACUAGUUUACAUCGUGCUCGAUGGCCUUGACGAGUACGCUCGAGAGGAUCGGAAAGAGCUGGUAACCUGGUUUCAGCAACUCAUUGCUGGGCUCCCCAGAAACGAUCACGGCGCGAUACGUUGCCUAUUCGUUAGUCAGGACGAUGGAUAUGGGCGGAAAGAUUUCUCCAUGCUGUCAACCAUCAAGAUUACACACGCAGACAAUAAUGCGGACAUCAAGCGCUUCUGUGAGCACUGGCAUGAGCGGAUUGAGGUCAAGUUUGGCAAGCUCCAGGAAAGGCAGCAUCAUGUUGCGAAUGUUGUGAGCGCUAGAGCCCAAGGAAUGUUUUUAUUUGCAAAGUUGGUCACAUGGAAUCUCCACGAGCAGGUUUCACGUGCCGACUUUGAAAAGGAGAUCGAUGAAGAAAGGCUUCCUGACAACAUAGAUAAAGCGUACGAUCGAAUACUGGGGCGACUGGUAGCUACGACAGUGCCGCAAACGCGGCGGAAUAAUAUUCGAAAACUUCUCGGAUGGCUUGCAUGUGCCAGAAGACCUCUCAAGUGGCACGAAAUUCAGGGCGCGAAUUCUGUCGACCUUGAUCAUAGCGUCAUCUGUCCGAAGCAGCAGUUUACAGAGGAUUGUAAGGAACUGUGUCUGUCUCUGGUGGAGAUCGCCCCUGAUCAGACAGUGACGUUGGUGCACUCGACAACAAGGCCGUACUUGGUCCAUAAAGGAUUCUUCCGCAUGUCGGAAAUUGAAUGCGGCAUGGCGACACUUUGUGUGGCUUACCUCAAUAUGCCCGAAUUUGAAUCCAAUAGAGAAGAGGCAGCAGUCAAGGACUCGUACUUGAAAGGGGCUUAUUCAUUUGCAGACUAUGCCAUGUGCUUUUGGGCCCUUCACGUGGAAGCUGCCCUGAUAAACGCAAAUGAGCUGGAUGCGAACCUGUUGAAAGAGCUCACCGAAAGCAUAGAAAUCUUUCUGGACUUGCACUUGAUGGACCAGGCCACGCCCGAAGUCGUCCCAAGCAAGGUGUAUCAAUGCCUGAAGAUCUUAGAGCAGCAUGAUUACUACGACCAGGCUUGUCAGGCCGUAGCAGCUGCUAAGAGCUGGUUACGCCCAAGCAGAAAAAAGCCUCUGACUGAUGUUUCCCUCCGAUUGCCUCGAGUAAUGUACGACAUCCGCGCCAUAAUCGAACCACUGAGCUCAUCGCAAGCUCUGUCUGAUGAGGAGCGUGGUCUCGUUGUACAGUACUAUGGAUUUAACCACUACAAGUGUUCACGGAUGAACUGCCAGUUCUUCCAUCGCGGGUUUCCGACUGACUCACAGCGCGAUCAGCACACCUCAAAGCAUGAUCGCUCGUUCAUUUGCAUGUCGUUUGGCUGUCCGUACGCAAUUAUCGGCUUUGCGACCAGCAAGGAACUGGAGAAGCACAUGCUGUCUUACCAUGGGAUCGAAGCGAAUCCAGAAGAACUUGAGUUCCCCGAUAUAGCUUCAUUACAACCUUUGCGUAAGAAGCAUCCUUCAUCUCACAAAUGUGACAUCUGUUCUAAAACUUUCACCCGAAAACACAACCUAAUGGCACAUCUCCGCACCCACGCCAAUGAGCGUCCCUUUGUUUGUAAUGUCUGUAAACAGGGGUUUGCCCGACAACAUGAUCGAAAACGCCACGAAGCAAUCCACGUGGGUGAGAAAGCUUACAUCUGUGGAAAAAGGCCACACUUCGUAUCAGGUGAGGCCUGGGGAUGUGGACGAGGCUUCGCGAGAGCAGAUAGUCUGGGCCUUCACUGGCGCUCAGAGCCUGGGCGAAUCUGUUUGAAACAAAUGCUACAGGAAAAGAAGGCAGCAGAAGAACGGCGGGCCCAGGAAUUGCGCGACAAGACAACGCGAAGCGCCUUCUUCGAUCAGGAUUUCGGAGACAACCAAAAUUUCGAUCUCGACUUCUCUACGCUGGAGAAUUCUGAUGUUCUUGAAAAUUUUGAUUUUGAUUCCUUCUUGAACACCACAAAUGAAGAUACUUUCAACUUCGAUACCGGGAUAGGCGUAUAG